AUGAAGCAGCAGCAGUUCAGCAGCAGUGUGCGCCUCCGCGCCCCGCCCCGCCGGCAGUACAGGGCGGCGGCGGCGGGGCCGCACAAUGCGACAGGUGCAGACCUCCCGACCAGCUUUGCUGCAAUCAUGGCGACCCACUUCAGCUUUCACAGCCCGCUUGCGAAGCACCUACACAAAGCCGCUGCAACACCUGUUGAUGGCGUCUCCCAACGCCUGCCGGGCAGCGAACGCCGCGCAGCGCCUUCAAGCAUUACCAGCAUCGACGCCGCGCUGCCGCGGGGUGGCGAGCCGCUGGGAGUGUCCUCGCCCAGCAGCACUGGCAGGCCCUUUCGGCUGGGCCCCGGCAGCCCAGGAGCCAGCAGCGCUCUGCAAUCAACCGCCGACAGCGCUGUGCGGGGCCAGGCAGGCAGUGACGGCGACCUGCCGGCGGCGGCUCAGCUUGGCGCCGCCCGCGUCACCACUCGCUUCACCGGCGCCGCCGAGCCUGUAUUUGCCGUGGACGAGGGCCCAGCAGCGGCGCUGCAGGAAAUGGCAGCCAGCAAGCAGCGUGCGGCGGUGGCGGCGGCAGCAGCAGCCAUGCAGUCACCAGCAGCAGCACCGCGGCCCGGCGGCAGGAGUGGUGUGCCCGCCCUGACAACACCCAUGGGCAGGUUUUCUGCCUCGGCAGCAUCUGCAGCAGCAGCAGCGACGGCGGCCACGCCUCCACAAAGCGGCGGCAGCAUCGGCAUCCAAUCGCAGCUCAGAAGCUCUUUCAAGCAGCAGGCACAGCAGCUGCUCCUGCACCGGCAGGGUGCCGCCAUGCCGGCCCUGGGUGCCACCCCCGCGGGCCUCGCUGCCGCCGGCAACGCCACGCAGCGGCACCGGCCGCUGCUGCAGCGCCAGCAGCAGCAGCAGGCGCCGCCGCCGCCCGCCGCGUCGCUAGAGGAUGCGCUGGGGCAGCUUCAGCUGGGGAGCAGCCUGGCUGCGGCCGCCGCAACCGCCACGCCAGGCCUUACGCUGCGCAGCAGGGGCCUGUUCAGCCUGCCGAGCACGCCGCUGGGCACGCCGCGAGCGGCGGCGGCAGGAGGGGCUGCAGGGCCGCCCGCGGAAGGCGCCGCCGCUCAGCGCAUGGCCGCCGCUGCAACGCCUGCCCCCCGCGGCGAGCAGCAGCGGUUGCUGGAGUCCCAGCCUCAGCAGCAGCAGCAGCAGGCCCUCUGGUCACCCAUGCUGCCGCCAGCGGCGGCGCCCGGUGCAGCCCAGGGCGCCGGCCUGUUGCGGACAGUGCGCAGGACGCCGGGUGGUGGCCGGCAGGAGGGCAGGAGCCGGCAGCCGGAGGCGGCAACACCGCAGGCAGCGCCCGGCGCCGCAGCGGCGUCGACCGCAGCCGCGACGCCGCAGCCGGGCGCGGGUCCUGGGGCAGAGUUGGCAGGGGACCCUGCUCAGCUGCGGCGGCAGCUGCAGGCGGUGGCGCCAGAGCUGACGGUGACCCUGCCGCCGCUGCCGGCAGCCGCCGGGCCCGGCGGCGCCGCGGCGCAGCGGCAGCGCCCAGCGGCAGUCGCAGACCGAGCAGCGGCCGAGGGCCUUUUGUCGCGCAUGGCUCGGCUGCAGGCGGCAGCGGCAGAGCUGCUGCAGGAGCAAGCUACCGCAACCAAGUGCACCUUUGCAGCUGCCGACUUGCGUGGCUUGAUGGCAGCAGUGAGCCCAGGGGCUGCCAGCUCGGCGCUAGUUGUUGCCCGGCAGCAGGAGGCCGAGAAGCAGCAGCAGCGGCAACAGCAGCAGCAGCGGCGGGGGUCGAGCGCUGCCGCUGCGCAGCGGCUGGCGCAGCUGCGGCAGCUGCAGGCGGCCGGCUCGCAGCUGGCGUCGCAGCUGGCCUGA